CGGGAGGAGGUGAUCGCGGCGGAUAUAAGGGACCGGGAGAUGGAGCAGGGGAGGACAAGCGUCGGCUCGCUCUCCCGAUCGGUUGCCCUGCAGCAGAAGCGUCUCGGCCUUGGUUCCACGUCUCCAUCCCGGGCUUGGCUCUACUGUAGGCAAAGGCAAUGAACUCAUCUGCCAGCUUCCGGAGCUGCCUAGCGCUGGGCUCGCUGCUGCUGCUGUUGGAGCAGGUUCUGGGCGCUCCCCGGGCGCUCGCAGCCCCAAACCAAGAGGUCUGCCUGCUGCCCCCAGAGGAAGGUCCCUGCCGGGCUCUCAUCCCGAGGUGGUACUACAACAGGUACACUCAGACAUGCCAGGAGUUCACUUACGGGGGCUGCGAGGGCAAUGCCAACAACUUCCGAAGCUUGGAAAGCUGUGAGAAAAGCUGCUGGAUGAUCCGGAAAGUGCCCAAAAUAUGCAGGCUGGAGGCUGAUCCGGGACCAUGUAGAGGUUACCUAAAAAGAUAUUCCUUCAACCUGAGUUCAAUGAAGUGUGAGAAAUUUAUCUAUGGUGGAUGCUAUGGAAAUGAUAACAACUUCCAAGAUGAAGAUUCUUGUGUGGACUACUGUUUGCCUCAGAAAACUGGCCCCUCAUUAUGCUAUAGCCCAAAAGAUGAAGGAUCGUGUUCAGCUUCUGUGACCCGCUAUUACUACAACUCAAAGAGUCAAUCAUGUGAAGAGUUCAGCUAUACAGGUUGCGGUGGAAACGCCAAUAACUUCGUUAACGAAAAAGAUUGUUACAGUAUCUGCAAGAAAGCAGGGAGUAAGAAAUCAAGUUUCAAAAAGUCAAGAAAUAAACUUCCCAAGACUAUGAGAAAACUACCGGAAAAAAUCUAAUCAAUGUCUUAAAUCUGAAGAGCCCAUCAAUGUUAAAUGCACUACUUUGACUUAGAGAGCCUCCUACAAUAUAUUUUGUGUGUGUGUACACAAUUUUAUUCCUCAAACUAGUUCUGUCUGAGAACUAGUCUCUUUGACCUGUUUUUUUUACAUUAGAAGCAGCUAUUAUUAGUAAUGUGAAUUGAUUUGUUUGGUUCUCUGCAACACUAUUUUUGCUUAAAAACCAAAUUUGAAUUUCCAUGUUUUUACUGAGAAAUAUUGCUACUGUUUUUGGAAAAUGAUUUUACUGUCCUAAUCCUGUGAAGCUUGAAGUACCCUUCAUCUGUUGGUUUAACUAAGGUGUACACCAAGCUAGAGCCCUACCCUUAAUGUUUUUAGCAUUAUUUAUUUACUAAACUGAACAUCAGCAGAGCCUUCCAAGACUGUGUAUAAAUAUCAUUCUUUUGUCAUUAUCAUUUAAACAGUCUAUCCCUUAAAGGGAGUCAUGUUUAAGUAGAAGAAUCAGAAUAGUGGUAAUUAUAUUAAUGUGGCAAAGGAGACUAGAGCCUGGUUCAAUUUAAAAAAAAAAAAUUCAACUUCAGUGAAAGGAAGCCUUGAUUUUUUUUUUUCUCCCCCGCCACCCCACCCCACCCCACCCCACCCAAGUCUUUCCUAGCUUUGGUAAUAUGGAAAAUAAUGUAAGAUCAAACCUGGCUCAUCCUGCAAAAGGAAAUUGGGCAUGGGGUCUCUUGGACAAGUUGUUUUAACGGAAGGCAAGUAAUAAACUACAUAAGUAUUUGAAAUGAAGAUGUAGUAACUGCAUUCCACCUCCCACCCCAAUACCUGGUAUUGCUGCAAAACUCAGGGUCAGAUCCUAAACUGGAAUAUUGCCGUUGACUUCGAUUGGAGCUAAACCAGAUUAUUCCAGAUGCUCUGGCCCUUCAUAUUUACAAGGGGGACUGUUAGAGCAUAGAAAAAUGGGAGCUUCUGUAACAUCUCCCAUUGUUUCUGUUUUGUGUCACUACUGUAAUACUCAUGUUAGGGUGCUGGCAGACAUGCUUUAAUGCAUUCUUUUGUGUAUUGUUUUACAAGAUCCAUGUACAAAUUAUGAAUUUUUUUUCAGUUAUAAUUGAUUUUUAUUGGAAACUCAUUAAUAAAAAUGUUUUUUUU